GGUAUACAAAUGCUCUCAGUCCAGCCAGACACCAAGCCGAAAGGUUGUGCUGGCUGCAACCGUAAGAUUAAAGACCGGUAUCUUCUAAAGGCCCUGGACAAAUAUUGGCAUGAAGACUGCCUGAAAUGUGCCUGCUGUGACUGUCGCCUGGGGGAGGUGGGCUCUACCUUGUACACCAAAGCCAACCUUAUCCUUUGUCGCAGAGACUAUCUGAGGUAG